AUGUUCAAUAAUAGUCACUCUUCAGAAGAAAAUAAUUUCUAUGCAGAGUUUGAAUCUCCACCACCAUACGAUUCAGUUUAUUUUGAACAAAACAACGAUAAUGAUAGUUUCGCUGGUCGAACUUAUACACCAAUUAAUAGCAGCAACAACAAUAAUAAUGCCAAUUCAUUAAAUGGUCGAUUGCCGAGUCCACCUUCAAAAAAUUCACACAUACUCGGUCAUCCUCAUCAACAUCGAGCAAACAAAUAG